AUGGCUUCCCCUUGUCCAUUUUCUACAUACAAUUGGACUAAACAAAAGCCUUAUUCAUCUUCCUAUAGUGCGCCUGAAGUUUUAGGGCCACAUCCAGCCCAAAAUUUUUGUACGGGGUCUAGUUCUUCUAUGGAUUAUUGUUCUACGGAAAUUGAUCACACCAUGCACAAUCUUUCUUUAUCUUCUCCGGAUGAGCAAUAUUAUAUGGAUACCAAUGCGACAUCUCAUAUGUCACAUUCUCAAGGUACUUUCUUGAAUUAUUGUCCUUUGAAGUAUCGUUUUAAUAAUGCAAUUGUUGUUGGUAAUGGUCAUAUGAUUUCGAUUCAUGAUCACGGACAUGUCUCUCUCCCUUGCCCUAAUCAACCUUUAACUCUCAAAAAUGUCCUCCAUGCCCCUAAACUCAUCAAAAAUCUCAUUUUCGUUCAAAAAUUUACUAAUGAUAAUAUGGUCUCUUUUGAAUUUGAUCCUUUUGGAUUUUCCGUAAAAGAAUUGGACACCGGGAACAUAAUUAUGCGGUCUAAUAACACUAGUGAUCUCUAUCAUUUCAUUUUGACACAUAGAGCUACCUCUUUCUCAUCCUCGUCAUUCGCUUUUUUCGCUUCCUCUUCUAGCACCUGA